CUGGAAGGCACACAAGCGACUAAAAAGCACGAAGAACUAAUUGCGCCGGAAGUCAGAGGAGCGGGAGAUUGGAAAACGUAAACAGACUAAACAACCUUGCGAAUUGCAACCGGAGCAUUCACAAAAAAAUGCUGAAAAAGCCGUCGAAGCUGAAGAGCACCAUAAGGUCUAAAGCAAAGGGGAAGGUGAACAUCGCAGCGGGCUCGGAGGCGAUGAUUGAACUACUGACGCUACUGUUCCUGAACAGCCUGGCGGAAGAGGCGAAGGCCAAGGCGCUUGAGGAGAAAUCUGCAACAAUCAGAGCUCACCAUGUCAAAGCAGUGGCUAAGAAAGUGCUAAGAAAGGCAAGAGGAUGAAGAAGACGAGGAUUAUUGUAAUUAACUUCUUCAUAAACGUAUUUUCAUGCUUUUAUUUUUUGAAAUUUCUUUUGUUAAAAUGUUUUUUUUUUCUUUGUUAGUGUGUGUUUUUGGUUUUUUAAUAAAUUCUUUUAACUUGUAUUCUGGCUCUCAGUUGAGUUUUUUUCUCUCUCUCUCUCUUUGUCUCACAGCUAUAACCCAGAUGAUUCCAGACUAAUUUUAUAAUGUCUGAGUUUAUUUAUGACAUGAAACAGGCUUGUAUUUAGGGGCUUCUUCACAGCGCGUUAGUGCUCGACAUCCGCUCGGCUCUCGUCUCGCUCUCCGCUCAUCCAUCAUGGUUUCUGUCUUCAGCUGCACGCUUCACGGCUCCCUUCGAAUUCCUCGCUUCGUCACGGCACACAGAAUAUCUGCACCAUCAGAUGAUAUCCUGCUAAUUCCUUAUCACCACUGAGUUCUUUGCGAUCAGACGCCAAUCACAACAGGAAAGGUCAAAGUAAAGACAAAUGUUUUCAGCUUGUCUUAUGAAAGAAAUGACAGUUUCUUUUUUAUUUAUGGAUCAUUUUCCAAACGCAGCAAGUUCUGUUUAAGUGAUUGUGUCAAACAUUCAUGUGUUCAUGUUUUGUAGGAUCCUCUUUUGUCAUUUCAGCUGUGAUCUGUGAUGUUAUAUGAUACAUCAACACAGAAUAAUGUUUUUUUUUUUGUGAAGUGGAAAGAAAAUUCAGAAUGUUUUUGUUUUAUUUUCAAUAAAUAAGGAUCUGUAAAGUCUG